GUGAGGUCGAUUCUGAGGCAUUCUUUGCUGUAGACAUUAAUCGCUCUUAGUCUGUUUAAUGUUUGAAGAGAUUUGUAUUAAUAUCAAUUUUGUUCUGUCUACAGAGAUAGUUUCUCUAAUCUCCGCUAUUUUUCUUUGAAUAUUUAUUGAAAUGUUUAAGUAUGGAAAGUGUUCAUAAUACAGAAUCAUCAACACAAUUGUUGAGUGAACAAUAUGACAUUUUAAAAGAAAAACCAAAUUUAUUAUUGUUAUUAUUAAAUAAAUUUGUAAAAGUGCAGCUCAUUAGAAACCUUUCAUUUGAUGGGUUUGUGACUUCUAUUGAUCCAAUUACUUACAGCCUAAUCAUUAAAAAACCCUAUGAAGAUUCAUUUCAAACCAUUUUAAUACCAGGCCAUGCAAUAUUAGAUGUAACAGAAAUAACUGCACCACCUAACAUCAAACCUCCAUCAAGAAUACAAUUGAGUCAAGUCUCAGAAAUAGAAAUAUUAGAUAGGAGAUUUAAAAUUGUUAAAUGGUUAAAAUGGAAUUUACUUCCUGUGUCAGAAUUAGAUGAUAAAAUUAUUUUUGGCAAUGCAACUUUACUCCCUCCAUAUACAGCUAUGGAUAUAUGCACGGACAAUCCUAUGGUGGCGAUGCAAAUGAAGAAAAUUAUUCAGAGUAUGCCACCAGACUUUAAUCCGGAGUAACUUAGAAUGACUUAUAUAUUUAUAAUAAAUUUUAAGAUAAGUUUUCAAUAAUAAACAAAUCUUGUAAC